GUCGCUCGUCGUUGCCUGGCCUAAAUGCAUUGCCCACGGAAAUUAGUUAGCUUGGAAACUUAAGAAUUAGUCAUACAGUGCGAGGUUUACGGCCAUCGAAAUGGUUGUUACGUGCGAGAUUAGCUACGAUAAUAAUAAGCAUGGCACCUUCUACGCCGGCCAGCUGGUUAGCGGUUGUGUGACCCUCAAGUCCGACAAAAUCAAGGAAGUGCAAGCUGCGCUAGUUAAAGUCGUUGGCUACUCUAUAACAAAAUGGAGCGAAAGACGUCUGACAUCAACAAAACUAUACGCUGGCCGAGAGGAUUAUCUAGCAUCGCAAACAUAUCUGCUUGGCUCGGAGCAAACCAAUGACAGACAUACCAUACAGGCGGGUGUGCACAACUACAAUUUUGCCUGCCAGCUGCCUUAUCAGUGUCCCUCGUCUUUUGAGGGUCGCUAUGGCUGCAUACGGUAUAUAGUCAAGGUGCUACUGAUCCGGCCUUGGAAGUACGAUCAGGCCUAUACACACGGCAUAACGGUGCUGAAAAUGAUGGAUCUUAACGUAGAAACGCCGCAACUUAGAUUAGCUGCGCACAGCGAGAAUUACAGAACCUUUUGCUGCGGACCUUUAAAGACGGCUCCCGUCAAAAUGGAGCUGCAUCUACCCCAGUCGGGGUAUGUGCCCGGCCAGCGUAUACCUGUCACAGUGGUCGUGAUUAAUAAUAGUGGCGUAUCGGUCUCUGAGCUGCGACUAUCGCUGGUGAUGCUCGUCCGGUAUUUCAGUAUUACGCCCGAACACUCACGUGUGGAUCGCAUUGUUAUUGGCAAGAUCCAAGGGGACUCUGUGCUGAAGCGAAGCACGGUUUCCCUGGCCAUUGAUAUGGAGGUGCCCAGUACGCCGCCCACCUGCCUCAACGUGUGCAAUCUGAUACAGAUUGCCUAUCAGCUAGAGGUGGAGGCAUUGAUUAAGAGCCUGCAGGAGCAUCAGUUGAUCACCAUGCCCAUUACGAUUGGCACUUGGCCGCUGGCAUUGAAAACCUCCUCGGGAAAGGAUGUUGUGCUGCAGCAGCCGCCGAGGCGCAGUGCACGCUACGAAUCACAGACAGAUGAGCUGCCCAUGGUCACGGCACUAGAGAAUCAGCUCAACUCUCAAGAUAUAACUCUGCCCAAAUUUGUGGAGUCGAAGCACACGGUACGCGGCAACAUCAACGAGGAGGAGCUGCAUGCCUUCGGAGUUAACGAAUUUGCACCCUUAUAUCCUGUUUAUGACAUUCCAAGUCCUCCCUCCGUUCUUCCGCACAACGGUUACAUCAAUAAAAGCUUUCAAAAGGAAACUUGAAAGCGCUGGGAUUGUUUUUGGUAAAGCUCGAUAUUUUGAUUUUGUUUUUAAAUAUAAA